GAGCUGCGGCUUGGCUGACGCAAAGCUGCAUGUCCUCGGCUAAAGACGCCACCAGCAGUAACUCCUGGGGUUUAAUUUCUAUUUUUUGAAUAGAGGAUAUUUAGUUCCCCCUCCUGAGCGGACUGUCGCAGCAUCUGGACUGACAUGGCGACGGACAUAGCGAAAGGUGUGGAACAAGUCUCAGUUGGUGAGGUGUAUGUGUCGGACAAAUGUGGCAGCGACCAGGAUGGAGACGGUACGGAGCAGAAACCCUUCAAAACUCCUCUCAAGGCUCUGAUGUCUGCUGGGAAAGAGCCGUUCCCAACCAUCUAUGUGGAAUCACAGAAGGAGGGAGAGCGUUGGGCUGUGAUCUCUAAGACACAGAUGAAGAAUGCAAAAAAAGCCUUCAACAGGGAGAUGUCAAAGAACGAUGCCAAAGAAAAGAAAGAGACAGAGGACAACGAGAGGAGAGAGAAGAACCUUGAAGAAGCCAAGAAGAUCAUCAUUGAGAAAGACACCAGCCUACCUGAGCCUGAUGCUGUUAAAAUUCAUCAUCUGGAGGAGAAGAGAGGUCAGAGAGUCAAAGUGUUCGGAUGGGUCCAUCGUCUUAGGAGGCAAGGGAAGAAUUUGAUGUUCAUUGUACUGAGAGAUGGAACAGGAUUCCUUCAGUGUGUCUUGUCCGAUAAACUGUGUCAGUGCUACAACGGCUUGGUGUUGUCCACAGAGAGCACCGUCGCCCUGUAUGGCACCGUCACUCCAGUUCCUGAGGGGAAACAGGCACCAGGUGGCCACGAGCUUCACUGUGACUUCUGGGAGCUGGUUGGCUUAGCCCCUGCAGGUGGCGCUGACAACCUACUGAACGAGGAGUCUGACGUAGAUGUCCAGCUGAACAACCGACACAUGCUGAUCAGAGGAGAGAACGUGUCCAAGAUCCUCCGAGUCCGAUCCACCGUCACACAGUGCUUCAGGGACCACUUCUUCAGCCGAGGAUACUACGAGAUCACUCCCCCCACCCUGGUGCAGACUCAGGUGGAAGGCGGCUCUACAUUGUUUAACCUCAACUACUUUGGCGAGCAGGCGUACCUGACACAGUCCUCUCAACUCUACCUGGAAACCUGCAUACCGGCACUGGGUGACACUUUCUGCAUCGCCCAGUCGUACCGCGCUGAGCAGUCCCGCACCCGCAGACAUCUUUCUGAAUACACUCACAUUGAGGCCGAGUGUCCCUUCAUUUCUUUCGAGGAUCUGCUGAAUCGACUGGAGGAUCUGGUUUGUGACGUCGUGGAUCGAGUCCUCAAAUCCCCUGCUGCUCAGCUGCUCUAUGACAUCAACCCUAACUUCAAACCUCCCAAGAGGCCAUUCAAGAGGAUGAACUACACUGAAGCUAUAGAAUGGCUUAAAGAGCAUGACUACAAGAAAGAAGAUGGGACCUACUAUGAGUUUGGAGAGGACAUUCCUGAGGCUCCAGAGAGGCUGAUGACCGACACCAUCAACGAGACCAUCCUGCUCUGUCGCUUCCCAGCUGAGAUCAAAUCGUUCUACAUGCAGCGCUGUGAUGACGACAGACGCCUCACUGAGUCGGUCGAUGUGUUGAUGCCAAACGUUGGGGAGAUUGUCGGAGGCUCGAUGCGUAUCUGGGAUUCAGAAGAGCUGCUGGAAGGAUACAAGAGGGAGGGAAUCGACCCGACCCCGUACUACUGGUACACUGACCAGAGGAAAUACGGCACAUGUCCUCACGGCGGUUAUGGUCUGGGUUUGGAGCGUUUCCUCACCUGGCUGCUGAACAGACAUCACAUCCGAGACGUCUGCCUGUACCCACGAUUCAUCCAGCGCUGCCGGCCAUGAACACACACAAACACAUGAUAACACACACUGUCUCAUCCUCUUAUACACAUACUCUUAGUAAAUCUGGACCUGGCAUGUGGCAGCACUCUGUGGGCUGUAAAAUAUGUCUCUGCAUUAUUAAAUCAAAGAAAUCUGUGUUCUGACUUUAGGUGUUUUAUUUUCUGAAGCGUUCCGAUCGUUACGCUCAACUUCAUCAUGUCAGACGCCAGAAAACUCGCCUGCAAAUGUCACAGCUCCUUCCUUGUUUAUCCUGUAACUUUAAAGCCUAAAUAGGAUCAUUUUCUGCCUCUGCUCGUGCUCUUGGCUUAUCACUUUAUUAGUAAGAAACAGCAGUUAUAAGUAGCUUCCUGUGAUUGUACACGAUGUCUACAAGUCUGAUUAAAAAAAUCUUGCAAAUGUGGACUUGAAAGCUGCAAGAAAUGCUGCUUGUUUUUUUUUCCAAAAUUGAGAUAGUGUUGCAUUAAUAAAAUCCAUAUUUGUAUUUCAGUUGUUAUUCUCCAACUUAGGUGAACACGAAGGCAGGGUGAUCCCGCUCACCACUGUCAAAUGCUCCUCAAUAAAAGUUUCACUCUCUGUCUUCAAAAUAAAAGUAGUAGCUUAGUAGUUUGUGGAAAGGGAAACAAAAACUUUGGGGAAUAGUGAGGAAUAUUUAACAAAUGCAAUGUAAACAGUGAGCGUGCAAUGCUGCACAGUGUUAACUGCUUGCUACUGUCAGAAAACUGACAUUAGGUCAAAGAAUCAAGUUGCAUUUCAAAAUAAAUGCAAUUCAAAAUUUGAAUAAUAAAUUCUACAAUUUGUUUGCUUUGAAAGAAAAUGAUCUUGUAACUUUAACAUGCAGAACUUAUUUGAUAAUUCAGUCAACGGCUUGCUUCUUGGAUGAAUGUCCUGUGACUUUUUAGAAAUCAUACCAACAUUUUGUGACGUAUAUACAAAUUUUCAUCUUUGUAACAAAGCCCUACAGCUCCUGUGUAAAAGUCUAAUGGGAAAAACCUCCAACUCUAGUAAAGGUCAAGAACAUCAGGAUCAUAACUGCAGUGCUGCCACACACAAACACAAACUCUCUUUUUAUUGUAUAUCAGCCAUUCUGACUGUAUUAGUGAUUCAGUUAAGUUAAAUACAGCCUUCAUUUCUUUCAAAUCACAGAGACCUUCACUCUGCUUUCUUGCUCUGUCUGUGUAUCUGGGAACAUUUGACGUCUUACCCAAAAGAGACAGAGCUGACACUGGAGAACAAACUUUGAGAGCUGACUGUCCAUCGAAUGAUUCAUCCAGUCUUUGGUGCUGUAGUUAUCAUGUUUAUGUGCUCUGCCUCUUCAUGUAAAAGUCCGCCUCCAGUCAGUACAACUGCACUUAAAUAAAAUCUGAAUCAAAUGGA